CCGGUGACAACUGUCGAGAUCAUAGCCGUCCGUAUCAUCUGUCUCCCUUCUCUAGGGUUUUAGCCGUAUAAGAUCCCCCUCGCCAUCCCCCGGACGCCGCCUCCGCCGCCUCGCGCUUCCUCCCGUCUCGGUGCGCUCCGAUCCGAAGAGAUGGCGGUGCCGCUGCUGACGCAGAAGAUCGUGAAGAAGCGGGUCAAGCAGUUCAAGAGGCCUCACACCGACCGCUACAAGUGCCUCAAGCCAAGCUGGCGCAGGCCAAAGGGUAUUGACUCCCGUGUCAGGAGGAAGUUCAAGGGAUGCACCUUGAUGCCCAACAUUGGUUAUGGUUCUGACAAGAAGACAAGGCAUUACCUUCCCAACAAAUUCAAGAAGUUUGUCGUCCACAAUGUCUCUGAGAUGGAGUUGCUUAUGAUGCACAACAGGACAUACUGUGCUGAAAUUGCUCACAAUGUCUCAACCCGUAAGCGCAAGGAGAUUGUGGAGCGUGCCGCACAGCUUGACAUUGUGGUCACAAACAAGCUUGCCAGAAUUCGCAGCCAGGAGGAUGAGUAAAGGGCUAUACAGAUUGCAUCUUUGGCUGAUUUGUUUGUAGGAAACCACCCUGUUCGAAGAAUUUUUUGCUUUAUCGGUGAUGUUAGUUUGUUAUCUGGACGUCCUGUUAUUAUCAGUAACGAGGUAAACAUAGAACAACUACAGUUUUGAA